AACGACUAGGUUUAAAGCGCUAACACUUUCCAGCCGAUCGAGCAGUUGCAGUUGUGAUGUUGACGAGGUAGGAGCACCCGAAGACAGCUUCCCCACCACCACCACUCUCUCUUUCUGUGGACGACCAGGUCCAGAAGUGCCAGUGUCGCGGAGUGUCAACGAGCCAACCUGACCCAACCAACGGACAACGACAACAACUCGCUGGUUUUUUUUUGUGGACUCAGUGUUGAUCUUUUGCGGAAGAUCGACAAACCUGGAGAAGAAGUAGUGUGAAAAUCGAGUGUGAUCGAGAUAAGGAAGAAACGGUGGAAAAAGAUCGUCAAGGACGGAGCAGAUCAAGUCAAGUGCAUCGAGGAAAAUAGUAGUUACAGUCAGUGUCCUUUACCGACGGGGGGAGUUAAUCAGCACGUUCCGAGCUCUACAAUCAAGUGUCGUCCCUGGGAAAGUCCAAGUGUGAAGCAAGCAAAACAACAAACCAAACUGUGAUCAUAACAAGUAAUUAAUCGCCGAGGCUGUGAGGCUGAACCCUGCUAAAGAAGAACCCCCCAAAGAAGCUUAUCACCGUUAGUAGUUUCCAGUAGUGUCUAUCAACCGCUGCAGGGGUCAUUGCCGCCAGGCUGGUGUCGUUUUGAAUGUGUACUUUGGAACUCUACUGGAUCGAUUUCAUCUUUAUCUUCAACAAAAAUUGCUCCAAAUUAAUCGUCCCCGUGUACUACUGGAUCAUUCUGCUCUGCUGUAGACUGAUCACCGAGAACGGCAAGCCUAAAGAUGCGAUCAGCUUCGGUUAGCCUGUCCUGUGCCACGCUGGUGGUGCUGCUUCUGUCCCUCCUGGGCGACGACGCCGAUGCGUCGCCCCUGCCGAACGGCGCCGGAGCCUCCGACGGGUCGGAUCUGCUGAUCCACCACAUGACCCGGUCCCGCUACUGCGGCCGCAAGCUGACCGAAACGUUGGCCAUGCUGUGCCAGGGCCGCUACCCGAUGAUGAGCCACCAUCGAUCAGUGCGCCACAAUGUCAUUCCAGAGUACCUGUCCGACCAGCCGCAACAGCCCGUGGAAGUCGAGGUGGCCACCCUGCCGGACAGCGGAGUCACGUCCCGUGGCUACCCGCACUCGCGGUCCGCCCACCGGAGGGUGCGCCGGGAAGGCAUCUACGACGAGUGCUGCAAGAAGAGCUGUUCCUACACCCAACUUAAGAGCUACUGCGAGUGAGGUGGGGACCCCUUGAACCCUGACUCUGGGUUUUUUAUAUGGUGGCAGGCUGCCUGGGUAUCUCAGACGCCACCGGGCCACCCGGCGAGGACAGCAGAUCUGCGUGUGUUCGAUUUUAUUACAACUAUUUUCCCCGGUAGGGGAAAAGAACCUAGAAUAAGGUAGCCCUAGAUCUGUAGACAAUUUUUAGACAAUUUUUUCACGACUCGACGGUAGAAUUCGAUUUUGGAAAAGACACACUCGCACGAGAAAUUGUGAAGUCACCACGACUCCAACAUGAUCCGUGUAGAACUAGCAAACUGUCAAAAUUCACUAGGCAAACAUAAACAACAAAUAUGACUGAAGUAUUUUAAAGCUCGAAACGAUUAGGAACGCAACAAAAGAAAUUUAAUCUUAAGGAUCACUAUGCAUUUCUGUGGUAGGAAGCAGGGAAGGAAGGCAAGCUUAAUUCUUUUUUUACACACACACAAACACAAAACACUAGGAAAAAUACUACUUUUUAAGAGUUCCUUCCUUGCUUCCUGGUUAAAAACAACCGAUCGUAUUUAUUAGAUUUCUUUUACUCUAAGUUAAGCGCAAACCACAAACACACACGCACACACCCCUCUAAGUUAGCAAACCACUAUA